AUGCAGCCUACACGCCCCAACUCGAGCAGCCUCCAGAUUCUGCUCUUGCUACUGUUCCUGUUCCGUUCUGGGUUCCAAGCUCCCACCACGCUUCAAGAUACCACCCAGCCACCUUCCAACUCAAAACCCGUGAAUUGUAGCUUGUUUGUCAUUGAACUUGAAUACCUGCUAGAUAACAAAUUUACAGAACCCAUCAUCAGCGAAUUCGAGUUACAACUGAUGGAUACAUCCCUGCUAAAGCCCAACCUGUGUGCAUUCCUGGAAGCUGCAAAAACAUUGAACGAUGUCACGAACAUAAAGAUCAGGAAAAAUCUUGAGAUACUUCGACAGUGCCUGCCUGAACCCACCCCCCUUCUGAUGGGAGGACCCAUUUUCAUCACCGAAGAUGACCCCAAUGAUUUCCGGAAGAAACUGAAAAGCUUUAUAUGA